AUGAGCAUUGCAGACUGCAUUGUGCAGACAAAAAAUUGUCUAGUUUACUAUUUUUUUGGAAAGAAAAUAAAGAUAUGUCUAUGCGGGCCCUCCAGAUCUGGAAAAACAUCCUUUUAUAAAGCCUUCACAGAUAGAAAGGUUUUGAAAAAAGAGCCUGUAACAAUUGGCUCUCGCAUGCUGCACUUCACAAAGAAUGGAAUUCGGGGAACCUUCUUUGACAUAGGCGGGGCUGCAGAGUACAGCAACCUUCGAGAUUUUAGCUACCGAAACUCGAAUGCGCUUAUUUUCUUUGUAGAUUCAUCCAACCCACAGAGCUUUGUUGACGCAAAGUCAAUGCUGCAGGGGCUUCUUAAUAAAAACAAGCGAAAGAAGCUUCCCAUUCUCAUCCUGUGCACACACAACGACAUAGAUGGGUUUACAAGCUGCCAGGACAUUGCGCUGCAGCUGAGCUUGGACUCUUUUCUGGGGAAAGACAUAUCGUGCUACUCGAUCUCUUCACUAACACUGUCUAACUUUGCAGCUGUGGAGGAGUGGAUUGUAAGGCAUGCAAAGUAG